CACGCUGCUCGUAGAAGCCGAGCUGUCAGCUGUAGCGGGAGCGCUGUGCAGAGAGUAACAGCCAGCUCGACAGAGAGACACCCGGAAGGCACGAAAGUCAGUUUGAGAGGGCAGCAUGAAUCGCUUUAAGACCUCCAAAUUCAAAAACACCGCUCCAAAAAUUGCCAAGAAAGAUGAGUGGAUCAACAAUGUCCAUGCCGGUUCCUUCUCCUGCCAGGGGAACCACAUCAAAGCGAGCUCCAAGCUGGUGGCCUUCAACAUGGAGCAGGCUGGUGGAGGUAUGCUGGGCCUGUCUUCAGUCAAACCUGGUCCAGAUGGCCAAUGGACAGUCACCCAGAUUUCCUGCCAUUCUGAUUUAAUAACCGAUAUGGACUUUUCUCCUUUUGAUGAGUAUCUCCUUGCGACGUGCUCUGGAGAUGAAAUGGUGAAGCUGUGGCGUUUGUGUGACCCAGAGCUGGAGCAGCCCAGCAGUCCAGAGCUGACCCUGCAUCCAGGCCAGGGCAGGCUGGAGCUGGUGCACUUUCACCCCACCUCCUCUGGCUUACUGGCUGUCGGCGCUGCUAAGUCUCCUCUGAUUUGGGACACCAGCCGCCAGGAUGCCCCUUUGGCAGUUUUGGAGCAGCACGGUGACCACCUGCAGAGUCUGAGCUGGAAACGGGACGGUUCUCUGCUGGCGACCUCAUGCAAGGACAAGAUGUUGCGAGUGUUUGAUCCCAGAGCCCAGCUGACACCUGUUCAGAGUGCCAAGAGUCUUCAGAACAACAAGGAUUCACGCGUCCUUUGGGCUAAAGACGACCUUUUACUGACCACCGGCUUUGAUAUGAUUCGUACUCGGGAGGUGAAGCUUUGGGACAGUAGAAAUCUGAGCUCUUCCAUCAGCUCUGCGUCACUCGGGACUUCGAGCGGGAUGCUGAUCCCUCUGUUCGAUGAAGACACUGGUUUGCUCUUACUGGCUGGCCUGGGAGACAAGGCGAUUGAUUGCUUUGAAGUCACCUCCUCUGAGCCUUUCCUCUCUCAAGUGAGUCACUGCCUUGUGGACAACUCAACACGAGGGGUUGCCAUGGUUCCCAAAGUGGUAUUGGACGUGAUGUCCUGCGAAGUGAUGCGUGUGCUACAGCUGACAGACAGCUGCAUUGUGCCCGUCAGCUAUCAGGUCCCCCGCAAGAAUUCAGGCCAGGAGUUUCAUGAAGAUCUUUACCCAGACACAGUGGGCUCGACUCCUGCCAUGUCUGCAGAGGAGUGGUGGCAGGGAGGGAACAAGCAGGUGGAGAAAGUCGGCCUAAACCCAGACCGACGGCCCAAACCAAAGGCUCCACCAGCCAAACAGAUGCCUGCAAAGAAGGAGGUGGCCAGAGGGGGGAGCAAAGAGGAUCCAGGUCAUGGCUGCUCCACCUCCAGCAGUCCUCUGAGUACUCCCAGCAGCAGCGCUGAUCCAUCCCGCUCUCCUUCCUCCACCUCCGGCCUCUCCUCAGGAUUCCUUCCCAGCCCCAGUCCCAGCCAGAGUGCCAAGGCCAUCCAGAGCCUGCUGGGGCCGACCUCCAAGUUCCGUCACAUCCAGGGUGCGGUGAUGCACCGGGACACGCACAUUACUAACAUACGUGGUCUCAACCUGACCACACCGGGCGAGUGUGACGGCUUCUGUGUCAACCGCCAGCGUAUGGCAGUGCCCCUCGCCAUCUCUGGGGGCCAAAUCGCCGUCUUUGAGCGAUCUCAGCCUGGCAAGCUUCCCGACACAGCUCUGCCCACCAUCCAAAACUCUGUGAAUGUGGUCGACUUCUCAUGGGACCCCUUUGACACACACCGGCUGGCUGUGGCUGGUGAUGAUGCCAAGAUCCGGGUGUGGCAGGUACCAGAGGGAGGACUGAAAGAGACCCUGACUGAGCCAGAGCUCAUCUUGCAAGGCCACACAGAGAAGAUUUACUCAAUCAAGUUUCACCCUUUGGCAAGUGGACUCCUGGUGUCGUCGUCCUACGAUCUCACAGUCAGACUGUGGAACCUGGAGAGCGGAGGCGAGGUCAAAAUCCUCACUGGGCACCAGGACCAGGUUUUUGGAAUGGCAUGGAGCCCAGAUGGGAAGCUCCUGGCCACAGUGUCCAAAGAUGGGAAAGUUCGUAUCUAUGACCCUCGCAAGUCCACUGCACCUGUGCAGGAAGGUCCUGGUCCCGACGGUCCCAGGGGAGCUCGUAUACUGUGGGUUUGCGAGGGCAAGUACCUGUUGGUGUCAGGAUUUGACAGUCGCAGCGAGAGACAACUCUGCCUGUACUCUGCCGACUCCCUGUCCUCUGGAGCCAUAGCCAGCACUCAAGUGGACGUCUCCCCCUCCACACUCAUCCCUUUCUAUGACCCUGACACCAGUGUGGUCAUCCUCACCGGAAAGGGUGAUACUCGAGUGCUCAUUUAUGAGAUAGUCCCUGAAGAGCCGUACUUUAUGGAUUGCAGCUGUUUUAACUCACCUGAGCCGCAUAAGGGCUUGGCCUUUCUCCCCAAGACAGAGUGCAAUGUGCGGGAUGUGGAGAUAGCUGUGGGACUAAUGCUCACCAAGGCAACCGUAGAGCCAGUCGCCUUCAGAGUGCCACGGGUCAAGAAAGAGUUUUUCCAGGAUGAUGUGUAUACAGACACGGCCGAGUGGUGGAAACCAGCCCUGACCGCCUCUGCCUGGCUGUCCGGCUCCAAUGGGCAACACAAAAAGAUCAGCCUGAAGCCCAAAGACAUGACGCCAGUGAGUGAAGCCCCUAAAGAGGCUCCAGUUAGAAAAUACAUGCCCUCGUCUUUUUACCUGGAGGAGAAGACUGAUGAACAGAAGAAAGAGGAGCUGCUGAGUGCCAUGGUGGCCAAGUUGGGGAACAUGGACGACCCACUGCCACAGGAGUCCUUCGAGGGCGUCGACGAGGACGAGUGGGAUGACUAAAGGGGACGUUGUCUUGCCUUCGGUUCUGUCAUGGUGCCAACAACAACAUCGUGGAGAGACCAUUCUUGUGCAACAGUGCCACCCAGGUGUCCUCUGAGCUAUAUCUGCUAACGUCUACUGCACAAAUAAACAUUACUGCACAAUGUGAACAAAUAUUCAGCAAAGUCAUCCCAGAAGCCUGGCUCAACGACAAAAAAAUCAUUAAAACUAAAACACCUUCUGAUCUGAUCACUGUACGUGUCAUAAUAUCUGUUCAGGUUGCCAAACCUGAACAGAUAUGUCUGUUGUUACGAUGUGUAGCUGAUGUUCAUCACAUCAAAUUGCAUGAAAUUUGACGUGAAUAUAUUCUUAAAUCUUUCAGAAAUCUUACAGGGUGAAUUUGAUAUGUAAUAGCUUUCUUAUGAUACUGUAAACUACAAAAUUGUGUCACAGUGUUGUGCAUAUUCAGGAGAAAUAAAACAACCCCACAACAUGAAAUGCAACAAAAAUAAUAACCAUCAGUAAAUACAUAGAAAUCAAUUGUCAGGACAGCUCAAACAUAUUUCUGGUCAGUGCAAGGUGAAUAAAACUUAAAUGCAAUAAUACAUCUGCUUUACGCCAGUUUACGAAUAACUCUCAGUGGUUAAAACAUGACCUAAAGCCUGUACUGACAAUGAUUUUAGAAUAGCUGAUGAGUAUUUUAGCUUAGCUUCUGUUUAUAACUGUCGUGAGUGGCCAUGUUUUAAGCAUGAUAAAACACCAUGAUUCGUCAUGACAUAAAAAAAAACUAAAAAAACAAUGGCCACAUCUCCUCGUGUAUCAUUUAUGCACAAUCUUGUAAUCUGUGAGGACAUUUACCUCCACAGUGGAACCACUUGCUUGUUUUUUCUAAUCACGAUGUGUCUUUGAAAAAUGUAAUGUUUCAAAAAAAAAAAUGUUAAUGAGGAAAUAGUGAAAAAGUGAACAUCUGUAUCUGAUUCAAAACAAAACACCUCGUCUUCCCGUUCAGUCAGGUAAUAAACACACUAUUCAUGUAGCAUUACACAGAGGACACAACAGGGUCACAAGUGUUCAUGUUAGGCCAUGAACUGGAAUUUCUACUGAUGUAAACAUCUACAUUCCCUUUUCUUUUUUAGCCAAUUAACAUUGAUAGUGUGUUACUGUUUUUGUGCCAGUAAAAUUUUUGCCAUCCAGAAAUAGUGUUAUGUAUAAGUAGGGGUUAAAGGUCAAUAAAAAUGAAACGUUAUUAUGCAUUGAAAGCCAAAUCACCUCCUUUUCUGAGUUUUUACAGGAGCCUUUGUCUACUUUAAGAUGAUUUUCUCUCUCUCUCUCUCACUCUCUCUUUGCUGGACAGUGGAACUUUUAAUCACAUCCUGCUCUUCGUUGUUUUUCAGACUGUUAGUGGGAUAAUCCUCAUUACAUGGGCUAAUUUUUUUUAAUCUCAUGUCAACUAAUAGUAAGUAAUUGUGGUUGUAAUUCGACAAUAACAGGACAGUAUUUAAUUACUUACAAUGCAGCCGUAACAGCCAUCAUGUAUAUUUCUAAUCAGGGCUACAGCAAUAUCGUCAAUAAUCCAGGUUUGAAAGUUUGUUUACAGCUUCUCGAUGGACCAGUUCGGCCAUGCAUGAUCAAUGCACAUCAUGUUGUACUUGUGAACUGCCGGUGUCAUCAGUGCUCGUGCGACGUAUACUGUUUGUGCUUGUGAUUCUCAAAACACCAUUGUGAUAAUUGGAUGGAUUAACUUGGCUUCCAUUGUUUUUAAAAAUAACUUGUUUUUUUGUAUCAAUUGAGUAACGGUUUGGGGAUGAUUUUUCUUUCCUUCAAUAUUUUCAUUCAAUAAAUACCUUUUGAACACA